UAUUUUGUGAUCAAAGCUAACGGUUGUACCGUGUGCUGUGGAAACUCUCGGAGAAAUUUUAUCUUCAUAAAAAAUAAACAAACCAAUGCGCAGGUCCAUCACAUGUGCCGGCAUCAUGAAAAUCGUCAAGAAGCUAUUCAAUAUUAAGCAAGGUACAUUGGCAUUUGCGGAGAAUGCAGGCAGACAGUCAGAAUUUUCUCUUCGACGUAUAUAAACAGAUUUGCGGAGUGUAGAAAAGUCGGAAAAACGCUGGCACAUACACGGCCAAAUCGUUAAAAAGUAAAAGAAAAAAAAAAGAAAAAAAUAUGAAACUAACAAACCGUUCAAGCGGUUAGCCUGGGAAACACAAAUGCCAACACCUAAGAAACACAUCUAAAAUUAACAUAAAUCUGAAGGAAAAUAUUAAAUACAAAAACACAAAAAAAAGGUAUUUGGAAUGCACACAAUAUUCGCCAACUGCACUUGAAGCAUGAUUUUCAGUUUAGAUUGAAAAGGAAAAAGUGCCAAAAAGGAAAAACAACAAAUUUUAUCGAAGCAACAAAUAAACGCGAACAAAUCCCCAAUCCUCAAUUAAUCAGGACUUAAUUUUUUUUUACUGUGCUGAGAGGGAAAAACAAAAGCCGCCAAAACGCCGUACCAAACGAAAAUGGAGCGCAAACUGCUAUACGCCUUUCGGGGCUGGAUAGCGUUUGUAGCUUUUAUGGAUUUAGGAACUGCAUUUCGCAGUUAUAUCGAACGUAGGAGCUUCCUUGGUGAUCAUACGGAGACUCAGUUUAUUGAAGGCGAUUACACCAUUUCACGUAUAAUUGGCAUGUAUUGUUUGCUCAAAGCGAUUGCAUUAGUUCAUUGCACGCUCUACAUACAUUACCGACCAGUUGUCAGUAUGGGUGGCUGUUCAUUAGCUUUGACAAUGGUUCUUUAUGCUUCCGAGGCUUUGUACUUUCGUUCGAGUACAUUGAACUUUUAUGUGAUCUUCCCCUGCGUUCUUAAUUCAAUAACUUUAAUUGGACUCAUUUAUAUACCGAGACGCUUACGCUUGUGGGAACCGAGCAUGGAUCUGGAUGAUGAGAAUUCGCAAUUACUCAAGCAAAUGACCGGUUUCAAGCGUCGACGCACGAAAAAACAAAUAUAAAAUUUUUGAGAAACUUAAACAGAAACAUAUUUAACGGUGAUAUUUUCUCCAAAACGAUUCACAUGCAAAUCAAUUAGAAACGUUAUAAUUUAAUUUUCCAUAAAGUGUAAUUUUGUUUUGUCAAAUACGGAUAUAUCUGAGCACGUAACAGUAUUAGCAUAAGUAUCAACAUUAAAUAACCAA